AUGCCAUUAAAAGCUGUUAAAGGACAAGUGGUAGCAAACUUCAUAGUCGACCACUCCAUUGACGCCAACGCAUUGAACUACGUUGAAUUAGGGUCGUGGAAGUUGUACUUCGACGGAUCUAGUCAUAAAAAUGGCACAAGUGUCGGGAUUGUAAUUAUUUCUCCUAAUAAAAUUCCAACAAAAUUCCAGUACAAAGUAGAAGGGACUUGUUCAAAUAAAGAGGCUAAAUAUGAAGCCCUCAUAACAGGACUUGAAAUGUUGUUGGAAUUGGGGGCAACUCGAGUUGAGAUAAUGGGAGACUCAGAGUUAGUCAUAAAACAGAUCACAAAAGAAUAUAGAUGUGUUAAGGAGAAUUUGAUCAUGUAUUUCAUAAUCGCCAGUCGAUUGUUAAAAAAGUUCGAAAUGGUUUACAUUCGACAUAUACCACGAAUAGAAAACAUGAUAGCUAAUAAUUUAGCUCAAAUUGCAUCUGGGUACAAAAUUUCAAAGGAAAAGUUGCACGAAGCCAUAGAAGUCAGAGGAAAGGUAGUGGCAACCAGAUUAAUUCCUUUAGAUUUGGAAAAGACUAAGUUAGGAUGUGCUGAUGAAGGAAAUUUUGAAAUAUUGGAGAUAGACAGUUUGACGAAUGGAGACUGGAGAAGGCCAAUAGUGGUAUACCUGCAGAAUCCCACAACGUCUACCGAUCAAAAAACCAGGUAUCGAGCAUUAAGUUAUGUUCUUUUGGGUUCAAAGUUGUUUAAGAAAUCUCCUGAGGGAAUUCUACUGAAAUGCCUUAGUGAGUCAGAGGUGUACUUUGCCCUUUCGACUGUGCAUAGUGGAGCGUGUGGAGCACACCAAGUCGGUCAUAAGAUGAAAUGGCUCUUAUUCCGUCAAGGGGUGUAUUGGCCCAGCAUGUUGAAAGACUGUGUUGAAUUCGGAAAGGGUUGCCAAGAGUGUCAGGUGCAUGCAGGCAUACAACAUGUCCCUGCAAGUGAAUUACAUUCUACCAUAAAACCUUGGCCAUUUAGAGGUUCGGCUUUAGACUUGAUUGGAGAGAUUCGACCUCCAUCAUCCAAAAGUCAAAGAUAUAUAUUGGUAGGAGUCGAUUAUUUUACAAAGUGGAUUGAAGCCAUACCCUUACCAAAUGUGAGCCAAGAGGAUGUGAUCGGAUUUAUCCAAAAAUAUAUUAUCUAUAGAUUUGGAAUUCCAGAGACAAUCACAACAGAUCAAGGAUCAAUAUUCACUGGUCGGAAAAUGCAGGAAUUCUCCAAGAAAUGGGUUUCAAAUUACUAA